AUGAAGAGAACCGCUCUUGCGACGCUGGAAGUCGCAGACAUGGCCAGGGAAUCACAGGAACUCGUCGACCAGUGGCAGCUUGGCUGUGCGUCCGGGACUCACUCAAUCCCUGUUUUCGCUGAUGAAUCUGCCAUUUUCGGCUUCGAUACACAAUUCAAACGAUACAAUGGCGACAGAAAUGGCGCUUUUACGGCCGAACAACGAAUAAAAACCCACAUUAACCCAACCAUCCUUGAUGGCGCUACUAUUCCCACCCUAAGUAUACACCCUACCCUUAUAAAUUAUCAAUCUCCUAGGUAG